CAACAUUUAUUUGCUUGUUCAGUUCGCAUUUCUAUUAGCUGCGAAUUUUUCGAAUUCAAAACAAACAUAAUGGACAAAUUAAGCGAAAAAACUCGUGAAAAGCCAACAAUCAAACUAACCGAAAUGGAUCCAACUCCUAUACUGAUAGCUCUGGUACUAGGCUUCCUGGUAGUGGCACUGUUUGUGAUACUGCGAAGGCGCUCCACUGGACGACGCGACUUUUUGCUGACCGGUUUAAGUGAAGCUGGCAAGAGCGCUAUAUUUAUGCAGCUGCUGCAUGGCAAGUUUCCAGAAACUUUCACUUCCAUUAAGGAGAAUGUGGGUGAAUACCGUGGUGGACAUCUGUCUGCGCGUGUUAUAGAUGUGCCCGGACACUAUCGCGUCCGUGAUAAAUGCUUUGAGCUGUACAAGCGCACGACUAAGGGUAUUGUCUUUGUUGUGGACUCGGUGACAGUACAAAAGGAUAUACGUGACGUGGCAGACUCUCUUUACACAAUACUCUCGGACAGUUUUACUCAGCCUUGCUCCGUGCUUAUACUUUGCAACAAACAGGAUCAAACCACAGCCAAGAGCGCUAAAGUCAUCAAGACGCUGCUUGAGAAGGAACUUCACACUGUGCGCGAUACGCGGAGCCGCAAACUGCAAUCUGUUGGCGAUGAUGAAGUAAACAAACCCAUUACCUUGGGAAAGCCGGGACGCGACUUUGAAUUUGCACACAUUUCUCAAAAUGUGCAAUUUUUCGAAUGCUCUGCCAGGGAUAAUCAAUUGAAUCAUCUGGCUGAUUGGCUAGAUCGUAUGCUGUAAAAGUAUGCUAACUGUAAAUGGACUGAAUUUUGCUGCUUAAGGCUCCCAGAAUUAAAUCCUGUAAAUGUUAUAGCGCUUGCUGCUUCCUUUCUUGUUGCCGCUGUCUCCUAUUAAACUUAAAUUUAAGCUUACAUCGCACUUUUUAUAAAUUUAGCAAUAGUAAGGUCGAUCGAAACGA